AUGACAGCUCGAGUGUACUGCUCAUUUAGUGCUGUUUUAUUGUGUCUGUCUGCAUGUUUGAGCACAACAGACGCUGGAGUCGUAGCAAAGCCAGGGGAGUGUCCAAGCACAAAGUCUGGAGCAGGAAUGUGUGCCGAGUUGUGUUACUAUGACAGUGACUGUCCGAACAAUGAGAAAUGCUGCAGCAAUGGAUGUGGACAUCAGUGUAUGGCUCCAUAUAUAGCAAAGCCAGGGGAGUGUCCAAGCACAAAGUCUGGAGCAGGAAUGUGUGCCGAGUUGUGUUACUAUGACAGUGACUGUCCGAACAAUGAGAAAUGCUGCAGCAAUGGAUGUGGACAUCAGUGUAUGGCUCCAUAUAUAGUGACGCCUGCAGCCGAACCGCUGACUCCUGCAGCUGAACUGCCGAAUCCUCCAGUGACUCCUGCAGCCGAACUGCCCAAGCCUCCAUGUCCGGUCAGUGUCCGGCGAAGCUGA